AUGCAAAAGCCAGAUGCUGAUGGUUAUGUAACUAUAACAUGGCCUAGCAAAAAUAUUCCACAUGGCGGAAUUUUCCACACGCGCGUCGCAAACCCAUCCUACGGCCAAAGAGAGUUAUUGAAAGUGCUUUUGGAGGAAUCAAAACUAACUCUCACACAAAAUCAAAAAAAUGCCUAUUUACUUCGUCAACAAGAUGAUACGAAACCAACACACCAGCCACAGUCUCGGAAACUGUUGAUUCGGCCAAGAACCUCUCGCCGUCGAUCACUUUCUGAAAUUAGAAGUUCAGGAGCCUAUGAUUACGGAGGGUACCAACCGUUGAAGCGUGGCCAAGAUCGCGAGCAAAUGAAAGAGAAGCUUGCCAACACAAUGACGUAUGGUGAUGCCGAAGAACAGCCUAAGCCAAUGAUCAUUUCCACAAAGAAAAAAGGUCCACCAAAGUUACCCACGAACAAAGAGAAAUGGAAUGAAUUGGUUACUCAAAUCCGCGAACGCACGGAAUGGCUCGCGGAAAUGGAGUAUUUAGGUCACGGAGCAGCACAUAGAGAUAUUAUAGGAGAUCAAAUAGCAGAACGUAUGCGGGCUUUAGACGCUCUGGGUGUAGACAGUGAGUGCUCCACGGCCAGGUCUACAGCAUCAGGGUUUAGCAUUCUGCGGAGCAACGAACCACUUCAGAAGCCUCCCAGCGCUGCGCCUUCCAGGCAUUCCUCUACACGCUCUGACAAAAAUGUGAAGAAGCAAAGUGUUCGCACUUCCGGGCGAGAGGGAAAAAAGGAAGAGAACGUGGCGUCAUAUUCGCAGCUGUCACUACUGCAGAAGUCUCCUAGACGUCGCCAAUAG